UCAAUUGUUUGAAGUAUGUCUGGGCGCGGUAAAGGUGGGAAAGGUUUAGGUAAAGGAGGCGCUAAGCGUCAUCGCAAAGUUCUGCGUGACAAUAUCCAGGGAAUUACGAAGCCUGCGAUUCGUCGUUUGGCUCGCCGUGGAGGAGUAAAGCGUAUUUCUGGUCUUAUCUACGAAGAGACUCGUGGAGUCUUGAAGGUAUUUUUGGAGAAUGUGAUCCGCGAUGCCGUCACCUACACCGAACACGCAAAGCGAAAGACCGUCACUGCUAUGGAUGUAGUUUAUGCGCUGAAGCGUCAGGGUCGCACUCUGUACGGCUUCGGUGGGUAAACGAGGUCUUCAUAAAUACUUGCUGAA